AUGUAUUGUUUCCAGUAUUUAGGUCUUUGGUACGAAAUCGAAAGAAAUAAUAUUAUUUUUGAAAUAGCAUCUAAAUGUGAAAAUGCUACCUAUACAGCCAAUGACAAUGGAACAGUGGGUGUAUACAAUCAAGCUAUUACAGCAUAUGGUGGUUAUUAUUCUAUUAGAGGGAUUGCUAGAGUAAAAGAUCCUUCAGACCCAGCUGCUUUAGAAGUUAUUUUUUCUAAUCCUCCUCGAAAAGGUGACUAUAAUGUAAUCGCAACCAAUUACGAUGAAUAUGCACUUGUUUAUGCUUGUGAAUCUAUACCUAUUUUUAGUUAUAAAAUGGAAUUUAUCUGGCUUCUUUCACGAACCAAAUCAUUAUCGCCAUCACGUAUCAAUGAACUAAAAAAGAUUCUGAAAGAUAUGGGAGCUAAUGUAGAUGGAGUCAAACCAACCAAACAAGAUUGCUCAUAA